GCACCACUGCACUCCAGCCUGGGCGACAGACCAAGACCUUGUCUCCAAAAAAAAAAAAAAAUUGUUAUUGAGAAUAUUUUCCAAGGCAGAGUGGAUGAAGUUAGAUGUACAGAAUAAAUACAGGACUCUCUGAGAUCCCUAUAACCUGAGCGCUGCGUGUGACCCUGGAGCCUCACAGGGGCACACACGGGCACACAGAACUUAGCCUCCUGUUCUCCAGCAGCGCCUAUUGCGCGCGCAGCCCCGGGACCACGAAACUGCUGCUUAACGGUCGGCCCCGCCCCAUUGGCCGCGCAAGUUCUCAAAGGGGGCGGGGCUGGGAGCACGAGUCGCACAACAAGCACGCGCCGGCGCGGAGCUCACCAGGGGCGGGUCGGCGCAUGCGCAGAUGGUGCGAGCUUGAAGGCGGGAAAAUACGUAAUGGAGCGACAGGGAGUGGACGUGCCCCAUGUGAAGUGCAAAGACCAAGAGCCACAGCCCUUGGGGGAGAGCAAGGAGCAUCAGCGGUGGGAAGAGAACUGCAAGGAGGAAGCUGGUGGAGGGCCAGCUAGUGCCAGUUGCCAGCUGACAGUGCUGGAAGGGAAGUCGGGACUCUACUUCUCCUCUCUGGACUCAAGCAUCGACAUCCUGCAGAAGAGAGCCCAGGAGCUGAUCGAAAACAUCAACCAGAGCCGGCAAAAGGACCAUGCACUCAUGACCAACUUCAGGAACAGCCUGAAGACCAAGGUUUCGGAUCUGACAGAGAAAUUAGAGGAGAGGAUCUAUCAGAUUUAUAAUGACCACAACAAGAUCAUCCAGGAAAAGCUCCAAGAGUUCACCCAGAAAAUGGCAAAGAUCAGCCAUUUGGAGACAGAGCUCAAACAAGUCUGCCACAGCGUGGAGACUGUGUACAAAGACCUGUGUCUCCAGCCUGAGAGCCUAAGACUCAGACGGGGGCCAGACCACUCUAGGGGGAAGUCCCCACCACGUCCCAGCGACUCACAGCCCCCAGACGUGUUCGUUUCUUCCGUGGCUGAAACUACUUCUCAGGUGGUUACCAGUAAACUGGCCUGACACCUUGGGGUCAGAUGUGCAGC